CGGGACUGAUACUGGACGGUUAUCCAGAAAAACAACCAAAGAAAACAAAAUAUAAGCUCAUUGCUUCGCUCUGGUUGGCUUUCAAUACGAGAUUUCAGAGCAUCAAUGGCACAGGUGCUAUCUCUUCGUGUCUUUCUUUCUUCACACACACAGAAACCUUCCCCCAAGUCGUUGAAACUCAGCAAGAGAACUAACAAGUCUAACACAUCCAUUUCUACUGCUAAAAAAGGUCUUGUUAGUCCCUCACACAAAAUCCAGAAGUUGAAUUUGGAGGUUUCUCCCCAUAGAGCUGUAUCUGCUGUGAGGUUGCUGAGAAUUCAGUUUGGUGGUGCAUUUGCUGACCUUUUAAAUGAGAAAGGAAAGGGUUCUGGUGAUAAUGAGAUGGGAUAUGUAGAAAGAACUCUUGGUUUUCGGACCCGUGAUUUAGAUGAUCGGGAUCUUAGAUUGGUUACAGAUAUUGUUGGAGGCACCAUUCGCUGGAGGAGAUAUCUUGAUCAUAUAAUUGGAUCACUAUGCCAUGAUGAAAGUGUCUUUAGAAGCAUGGAACCGCUUCUUUUACAGAUUCUCCGAAUUGGUUUCUACGAGAUUCUCAAGCUUAAUAUGCCACCAUAUGCUGUUGUAGAUGAGAAUGUGAAACUUGCAAAGGUUGCUCUUCGGCCUGGUGCUGGUAACAUGGUCAAUGGGAUUCUUCGGAAGUUAGUUUUGGUUAAGGAAAAUAACUCCCUUCCUCUACCCAAAUUGGAAGGUGAUGAUCGUGCACAAGCACGUGCUCUUGCAACUCUUUAUUCUCAUCCUGUUUGGAUGGUAAGGCGAUGGACAAAGUAUCUUGGACAAGAAGAAGCAAUUCGGCUGAUGAUGUGGAACAAUAGUGAUCCCAGUUUCAGCUUAAGGGCAAACUCUGCAAAAGGAAUUAGUAGAGAUGACCUUGUGACGCAGCUUAAUUCGUUGCAGGUCCCACAUGAGGUUUCUUCGCAUUUGGAUGAUUUUGUCCGUGUAAAAAUUGGUUUGCAGAAUGUCAUACGAGCGGGGUUGCUGAAAGAAGGCAUCUGUUCUGUCCAGGAUGAAAGUGCAGGUCUAGUAGUUUCUGUUGUGAAUCCUCAACCUGGUGAUGACAUUAUCGACUGUUGUGCUGCUCCCGGAGGAAAGACUCUUUACAUGGCAUCUCAUUUGAGUGGUAAAGGCAAAGUGCGCGCAAUUGACAUAAACGUAGGUCGUUUGAGGAUUCUUACAGAGACGGCCCAGAUGCAAAAAGUUGAUGGUGUCGUUGCCACAAUCCAUGCUGAUCUUCGUACCUUUGCGGUCAAUAGCCCACUGAAAUCUCAUAAAGUUUUGUUAGAUGCUCCCUGUUCAGGACUAGGUGUUCUCUCCAAGAGAGCAGAUUUGCGCUGGAAUAGAAGAUUAGAAGAUAUGGAAGAACUCAAAAAUUUGCAGGAUGAGCUCCUUGAUGCAGCUUCCAUAUUGGUGAACCCACAAGGAGUAUUAAUAUAUAGUACCUGCUCGAUUGAUCCCGAAGAGAACGAAGACAGGGUGGAUGCAUUUCUUGUCAGGCAUCCUGAAUUCAGAAUAGAUCCUGUGGGUAGAUAUGUACCAUCUGAUUUUGUUACAAAACGAGGCUUCUAUCACUCCGAUCCUGUAAAACAUUCCCUCGAUGGAGCCUUUGCAGCUCGUCUUGUUCGGACCUUGUGAAGAGCUCACUGGACAACCGAGUUCUCUAUGUAGUACUGAGCCAAUGCAGUGAAGAGCUCAUGCUUACAGCAUCAAAUAAUCAACCCUACUUUAUUGAAUCUGCCAUGGAACUAUACAGUGGUGAUGGAUAAAGAUUUUACCAAUGCUUCAGCAUGGCCCUUGAGAAAGAGAUCAUGCCUAUGCUUUAGCCUAACAUAUUGCCUCAAGAUACAAGUUGAUAACCAGGGAAUCUGAUGGUUGCAGCCUGGUGAUGACAAUAGCAGCUGCUUGAGGAGCCUGUUCAUGGAAUGUUAAAGCUCAAUACAGUUGAGUAAAACCAGCCGGUCGUUCGCAGCGUUGGUGAGCUUAUGGACGCGUUGGCCAGAUACAAUUUUUUUUUUUUUUUUGUCUUUUGGGUUACGACUAAAGUUCGAACUUGCGUCCUCAAUUCGAUACGUACUUUUUUCAUGAUUAAUGCAUUAACAUCGUUGUUAAAUGGAUU